CUGUAACUCGUUGCCGCUCGUUUAGUCUUUGAUAGCCAACUCUCGUGUACAGACCGAUAAGCGCUUAUUGCGAGUCGCCUUCGUCGUCAAUCAAGUAGACGCCAAAUUGAACAAUCACAACAAGCAGAAAUUGAAUAACAAAAAUAGUGAACAAACAAAAUACAAUAACAACAGUGGCUGUUUGCUAUUUAAGUAACAUCAAAUAACAACAACAACGCAUUGGGUAACUCCCAACAACAACUAAAAAAAAAAACAUCAACAACAACAAUUUAAUCGUGCAGCAUCAGCAACAACAACGACAACAACAACAACAGCGGCAGAAGAUUGCAUUCAUUUUGCUCUCUGUCGCUUUGUCAGUGUAUUUGUGUGUGUGUGUGUACGUCAGUGCAUGUGUAUGUGUGUGAGAGCAGAAAGAAAAACUUGGAAGAAAAAGUGAAACGACCGGCAGCGAAAGCAGCGUGAAAGCAAAACAAGCAAUAAAUAGAAUAUUAAAUGUAUAAAUACAUUUAUAAAUACAAUAUAAAAACAUAAGUACAAUACGUAUAAUAAAUAAAACAGCAAACAACUACAACAACAACAACAACAUAUCGAUAACAACAACAAUUGCAUGUGACACAACAUUCAGUUGAUCAAAAGCUGCAACUCUUGUUUCAUUUACUGUUGCACUGUUGCAAGAAGCUAUCAAGCUGCCGCUAAUUAGGCCCCAAAUUGGAUUAUGCUUGGGCACAAACGCAACAUUAGAGCCAUUAAAGCUAAAGCGACGCACAGCGACGAGCAUGUGAAGCUGCCCCGAAAAUCAGAUGCACUGCAUCCACAACAACAUCCACAACAACAACAUCCACAAGCAUUUAGAGAGCGUCUCGAAUACAAUCAGCAUCUGAAUCAACGUGUCACUCUCUGCCUGGAGCUUUAUCACAAGAACAUUAUCAAAAAAUUAAGCGAGCUCAAUAAAAUCAAUGUCUAUAAAUUGACCAAAAACGUUUGCCAGACUUAAAAAGCAUAAAAAACUCAAUUCAAUUCAAUUCAAUAUAAAUAAAAAUCAAAAUAUAAAAAAACUGUGUGCAACAAGUUGCUUGAAACAAGCGUAAAGCUCAAAGUGUAAAAGUGCAAAAGUGUAAUAAACAAAAGUGCAAUAAAAGUUGAAAAAAAAAAAUUAUAAAAAGAGCGUAAGAUAAAAAUGAAAAGUGCUAAAAAUGCUGGUGCCAAUCAAGAAAGCCAAGUUAAUAUGCUGAGUUCAUAGUAAAACUAGAAGAAAGUCAAGAACGUUCAA